GGGCGCGGCCCGUGGGCGGGGCUUCCCGGAGCAGCUCUCCCACAGCUGAAAUAGGCUGCGAAAGGGAGGCGGCGGCUGCUCCUCCCCGGUGUUGGGAAGAUGGCGCCGCUGGUGACGGAAAGGGGGCUGAAGAGCGUCGUGUGGCAGAAGAUAAAAUCAACAGUGUUUGAUGACUGCAAGAAAGACGACGAAUGGAAGAUAAUGCUUUUAGAUGAAUUUACCACUAAGCUUUUGGCAUCGUGUUGCAAAAUGACAGAUCUUCUAGCAGAGGGUAUAACUGUUGUAGAGAAUAUUUAUAAGAAUCGAGAACCUGUCAGACAAAUGAAAGCUCUUUAUUUUAUCUCUCCGACAUCAAAGUCUGUAGAUUGUUUUUUAUGUGAUUUUGGGACUAAAUCGGAGAACAAAUAUAAAGCAGCAUAUAUAUACUUCACUGACUUUUGCCCUGAUAGCCUCUUUAACAAAAUUAAGGCUUGCUCCAAGUCAGUAAGAAGAUGUAAAGAAAUAAAUAUUUCCUUUAUUCCACUUGAAUCUCAGGUAUAUACUCUUGAUGUACCAGAUGCAUUCUAUUACUGUUACAGUCCAGACCCCAAUAAUGCCAGCGGAAAAGACGCCGUAAUGGAAGCAAUGGCUGAGCAGAUAGUUACAGUAUGUGCUACCCUGGAUGAAAAUCCCGGAGUAAGAUAUAAAAGUAAACCUCUAGAUAAUGCCAGUAAGCUUGCCCAGCUUGUUGAAAAGAAACUUGAAAACUACUACAAGACUGAUGAAAAGAGCCUAAUAAAGGGUAAAACUCACUCCCAGCUCAUAAUAAUUGAUCGUGGCUUUGAUCCUGUGUCUACUGUCCUGCAUGAACUGACGUUUCAGGCAAUGGCAUAUGAUCUACUGCCAAUUGAGAAUGAUACAUACAAAUAUAAAACAGAUGGGAAAGAAAAGGAGGCAGUCCUUGAAGAAGACGAUGACCUCUGGGUCAGAAUUCGACAUCGGCAUAUUGCGGUUGUGUUAGAGGAAAUUCCGAAGCUUAUGAAGGAAAUUUCGUCAACAAAGAAAGCAACAGAAGGAAAGGUAUCACUUAGUGCUCUUGCCCAGCUAAUGAAAAAGAUGCCCCAUUUCCGUAAACAGAUCACUAAGCAAGUUGUCCAUCUUAACUUAGCAGAAGAUUGCAUGAAUAAAUUCAAGCCUAAUAUAGAAAAGCUCUGCAAAACUGAACAGGAUCUGGCACUUGGAACUGAUGCAGAAGGACAGAAGGUGAAAGAUUCUAUGCGAGUACUCCUUCCAGUUCUCCUCAGCAAAACUCAUGAUAAUUAUGAUAAAAUAAGAGCAAUCCUACUCUAUAUCUUCGGUAUUAAUGGAACUACGGAAGAAAAUUUGGACAGGUUGAUCCAGAAUGUACAGAUAGAAAAUGAGAGUGACAUGAUUCGUAACUGGAGUUAUCUUGGUGUUCCCAUUGUCCCCCAGUCUCAACAAAGUAAACCAUUAAGAAAGGAUCGGUCUGCAGAAGAAACUUUUCAACUUUCUCGAUGGACACCUUUUAUCAAAGAUAUUUUGGAGGAUGCCAUUGAUAAUAGAUUAGAUUCAAAGGAAUGGCCAUAUUGUUCCCA